AUGGCCGACGAACUCGCUUCCACUCCCAAGAAGGAGCCCACCGCCGCCGAGGCCAUGUUCUUCUUCGCCAUCGUGAAGCAUACCAAGAACAAGGCCGACAUCGACUGGUCCGCUGUCGCCGACGAGCAGGGCUUCAAGAACGCCGAAGUCGCCAAGGUGCGCUUCGGCCAGAUCAAGCGCAAGCUCGGCAUCUCGACCAACGCGGCCGACUCUCCUGGCAGCGCCAGUACCACCACCCGCGCGACCCCCAAGCGUGCUACCCCCAAGAAGCCCGCCACUCCCAAGAAGACCCCUGGCUCGACCGCGGGCACCCCGAGCAAGGUGCAGAAGAGCACCGGCCGCACCGGCACCAAGGGUCGUGGUCGCGCUGCUACUGCUGCUGCUGCGGCGGCCGCCGUCAAGAAGGAGGAGUCUGACAACGACGCGGCUGGUGGUGGCGACGAGGGUGACGACGACGACGACGAGACCAUCAUCGAGGGCGGCGGAACCAAGUCGACUGUCAAGUCGGAGGCUUAUGAGGGUACCACGUCGCAGUUCGAGGAGGAGAUGAAGUCCAUCAUGCGCAGCCGCGAGGGCGCCGAGGCCGAGGCCGAGGGUGAGACUGAGGAUCCCUUCUAA